AUGAUGUGCUGCUGGGGCACGCAAAAGAAGAGCAGUCCAAACUACAAAUCAAAUGCUAAAGUGCUCCUAAGCUCUCGAGAUCAGUUCAUUGAUUUAUGGAGAAGAAUGAAAGCUCGUGCUCCUCCUCCACCAAAUCAAGCUCCCGCAGCAAGUAGAAUUCACAGUGAGCACAAGUCACCUGCAGAGAUAGCUGUAAUUUCUGAUCAGAACCUUGUGAGCAUGAAGGAGAACAUGAUAAACAGAUCAGUGGACUUCACAGUCAUUUUACCCAGCGGGGUGGAGCAGAAGAGCACAGUACAAGGAAGUAAAGCUGUGAUGGAUCUGUUGGUUGAUUUAUGCAGCCAGUAUCGCUUAAAUCCAUCCCAACAUAGUCUUGAACUGAAGUCUUCAGGAGCUCAACAGCCUCUGAGUUACAAGCCAAACACUUUGAUAGGAGCACUGGAUGUACAGACGGUACUUCUGAAAGAGAAGAUACCUGAAGAGAAGACAAAGCGACCUCUGCCAAGGGUCCCUGAGAAAUCUGUGAGGCUGGUAGUGAACUACCUGAAGACUCAGAAGGCUGUGGUUCGAGUUAGUCCGGAGGUGCCACUCCAUAACAUCAUCCCAGCUAUUUGUGAGAAGUGUGAAGUCAGUCAAGAGCACAUUGUUCUUCUGCGAGAUGGCAUCACUGGGGAGGAGCUGGAGCUUACCAAGUCCUUGGAGGAGCUGGGGAUAAAGGAACUGUACGCCUGGGACAGAAAAAGAGUUCCUCCAUCAAAAACUCAGUCUGAACCUUCUCUGAACUAUAGAGAACCAAGUCGAAAGGCUUCAGUAAGCAAUGAUGCAAUAGAAAAAGAAAAGACAAGACUUCUGGGAUUGUUUAAAGCUGAUAGAAGUCUGUUGCAGACAGAAGAACACUUGAUGAACAGAGAUUGUGGUGAGGAGGAUGUUUUUAGUUCUGCAUCUACAAGUGAAGGAAGCUUGGAUGGUUUCUCCACAGCACCGAAUUCCCCUUCGGUGAAUUCUCGUUCCAGUAGCCUGGGUCCAUCACUGUCCCUUGGUAACAUCUCAGGAAUGACAGCAAACCCAGAAGUGAAAAAGCGCAGAGCACCUCCUCCACCAGUUGUGACACCUGCAUUGCAGAAUGUGGAGAUGAGUGGACAAGAAAAGACAGCAGCACAGAUUUCACAAGGAACAUCCCUAAACGAUUUGCAGAAAAAGAAGAGGCGUGCCCCUCUUCCACCAGCUGCAUCUGCUCCGCCCACUCCUGCCAUGCCAAACAGGACAGAAGAGAGGGAAGACAAGAGGAAGAGCACAAUGGGUGACGGACGGCAGGUGCCACAAAAGCCUCCUAGAGGCACCACUCGUGGUCCACCCCAGUUAGUGAUACCCCCACCCCCACCUUACCCUCCUCCUGACAGAGACAUUGUGGAUCCAACAGUCUGUUGCAGAGAAGCAGAUGUUACAGCACCAACAGAGCUGGUACCUAAACAGAGCCUGCUGCCUGCACAUGGUAAUGUUUAUGUAGUGGAUGACAUGGUUCUGGAGCUAUCAGAGGUGGAAGAAACAGCAUCAGAAAGCAGCUGUUUUGCAUCGGAGGACACCAUGGAAGACUCGGGUGUUGUGAGCUCCCCAUCUGACAUUGUAUCUUUGGAUUCACAAAAUGACAAUAUGAAGUUGAGAGACAUCAAGCUGGUCAAUGGCUACAUGGACUCAGCUGAGGCAGAUGCGAUGUAUGGCACAGAGACGUGCCCUAUAAAGAGCGCCUACUGCGAUAACGUGGGAUCUGACAGUGCUCAACAGAGCAGAAGAGAUGAAGAAAUGGCUUUGGCUAAGCAUGACAAUGAGGAUGCAUUCAUUGCUGCACAACUCCAGCAGACUUUGGCUGGCCUGGAUGAAGAUUUAGAAGCAGUGGAUGGUAUAAGUAACCCUGACUCUGAGUACGUCAAUGAAGAGCUGAGCCCACAUAUAAGAAAAGUUGAGGCUGCCCAAGGUGUUACCAUUUCUGUUCCAGUAACAGUCAUAGAUGAUGCUCCAGAAGUUAGCACCUCUAACUCAGCUGGAAAUCAAGAGACAGAGACAAGGGUUUCACGAAGUAUCUCAGCUGACUCUGUUAAUACGGGAAACUUUACAAAUAAAACCAACAAUGCAGGUUCCUUUGAUAAGGGACACACAGAUGGUGGAGCUGUAUGCAUAUCCAAGGACCUCAUACAUCAGCAACCAUCUGAGAAAGAAUUUGGUCACUUGCCUGUGGAACAGAGGAGAGACAUGUUUGAAUCUCUCACAUCCUCCUUUGAAAAAAGAAAUGAAAAAAACUUAAGACUGGACACCCCCCCCAAACGUGGUGCGAAGUCUGAGGAAUGUAGAUCUAAGCUGACUCCGUCUCACUCCAAGACCACAGCUGAAAUCAGUACAGCAAAAGAGAAGAUAAAUCCAUUUAAUGAAUGUAGUAACAGAGAAAGAUCUCUGAAAAAAAGUAAAUCAGAAUUAGAAAUCAAAUGGCCACCAGUAAAAAAAAUUGAAGUAGAAGAAGUCCCAUCAACACCCACGUGGUGUCAUCGUGCCCAGAAUUCAGGAACAAACUACGAACCCAAAAUGGGUUUAACAACCUUUAAAGUUGUCCCUCCAAAACCUGAAGUAAAACAUUUCGAUAGAGGAGUUUCACUCUCCACUGGUGCCAUUAAGAUAGAUGAACUGGGCAAUCUUAUAGGCCCGAACACUGGUGUCAGUAAGCACAUACCAGGUACCUCUACUGAUGAAAGUGAGGAAAUUCAUCUUGGGAAGGUGAAGGCAUUCUGGAGGUCAAGUUCCAUGGAAAAGCAAAGUGAUGAGUCUGCUGAGCAUCUUCCUAAAAAGUCAUCAGUCACCACAAACCCUAAGCUCUUUACUAUAAAACAUGAACACAAACCUGUCUGUCUUGCAGCUCCAAAGCCGCUAGCACCACAAACUGUUACUACCCAGGUAGCUGAGAAUGAGAAUGAAAGGACCAAACCACCUCUUCCAGUUACACAGUCUCAGGGCACACCAGUAGUGGCCCCAACUGUGAAUAAGGACAAGCUGGAGCUUCCAUUUCUAAAGCCGCAUAGAAGAACUUCAAGUCAGUAUGUUGCCUCUGCCAUUUCAAGACACAUCAACGUAACUACUUUUAAGUCUGACCCUAUGGAAUAUCAUGAGAAAGAUGAAAAUAAGCAAGGGGCAGGAGAGGUUAAAACUGAAGCAGAAGUUUCACCAAAAAGAUGUAUUAUUGUGGCCAAAUACAGCCCUGUGGAUACAGAAUCAGCAGAAACAAGAGAAACACUUUCAAGUAUUUUUACUUGCAGUCAAAAAGCAUCCCACAGGUUUACACCUGGCGAUAAUUCUGGUGUGGAAAACAAAGUAGUUAAUAUCAGGGCACCAAAUCAAGCAACUCCUGCGAGUUUCUAUAAAAAGAAUGCCAGUGUCCCACUUACUAAAUCCUCUUCAAAGGAUAACAACAGUGCAGAAGAUGAUUAUGGCUUAAACAGCAAACAAAGUAUAGCAGAGAAAAAGACGCGUCUUUUGUUUGACCAGAAAUGCGAGACUUUGACCCAUACUAAUUCGGCCCCAUCUCUCAAGUCUCCUGAUCUCCAAGGAGUCCCAUCUUCUCUCAGCUCGUCUUCGCGAGUCUCUAAAUGGCCUCCUGCUAACGGGGUGCAAGUUAGUUCACUUAAAGCUCCACCCGAGCUAAAUGGUGCAGCAGCAAAUGCAGAGUCAGAACAGGAGGAGAAACCUGAUGAUUUGGAUAUCAAUGCUGUCAGUGAACUGGAUGUUAAUGUGCAGACCAAUAUCUUUGGACCAAAGAAGAAGUUCAAACCUGUUGUCCAAAAGCCAAUUCCAAAAGAUACGUCACUGCACAGUGCCCUAAUGGAAGCCAUUCAAACAGCAGGGGGAAAGGAGAAACUCAGAAAGGUUUCCGACAGCGCACUAAAUGGCAAUCACAGGAAACCCUCAUAUGUUGAGCCAGAGAAUGAGCGCUCAGCCCUACUAGCAGCAAUUAGAGGCCACAGUGGCACCUCAAAGCUGAAAAAGAUCUCCUCGUUGGCCUCCGAAGAGCUGCAGAGUUUUAGGAACGCAGAACUGUCCUUGCAGAAGGCAGAAGACCCUCGCUGUCAGCCAGCAGCUCCUAAAUCCUCUGCCAUGGCUACAGGUAACCCUGGGGAGGCAAGGCAAGCCCUAAUGGAGGCCAUUCGCUCUGGUGCUGGAGCAGCAAAGUUAAAAAAGGUAAAUGUACUUUUAUAUUUUAUUGUGGCUGAAACAACCUAG